AUGGCGGCCAACAAGCAGGGUAAAAUGCAAAACCUGAUCAACUAUCGCAUGCGUGUGACGUUGAACGAUGGUCGACAGAUGACCGGCCAGAUGAUGGCAUUCGACAAGCAUAUGAACCUUGUUCUCGCCGAUACAGAAGAGUUUCGCCGUGUGAAGCGGAAAGCCACCAAACAGGCCCCCGGUGCCUCCACCGCCCCUCUUGUCGAAGCCGAGGAAAAGCGAACUCUUGGGUUGACUAUCGUUCGUGGCACAAAUGUUGUCUCGUGCUCGGUAGAUGGACCACCUCCUGCAGACCCUUCAGCACGUCUGGGGACUAGUCUGCCUGGCGUUCCGUCCGGCGCUGCUACACUUUCAGCCGGUCCUGGUAUCAGUAGGCCCGCCGGACGAGGCCUGCCUGUUGGACUUGGCGGCCCGGCUGCUGGUGUUGGGGGCCCUGCUCCCGCUGGCUUUGGAGGCUUCCCACCUGCACCUCCUGGAGGAUUCCCUGGAGGCCCGCCGCCUGGUUUUGGUGGACGUGGAGGACCCCUUGGAGGACCUGCUGGAUUUGCGCCCCCCGGAUUCCCUCAAGGUGGCCCUGGUGGACCUCCUGGAGAUUUCCAACCGCCUCCCGGAUUCCAACCUCCCGGUCAAGGCCGUGGAUACCCACCCCCUGGCUUCGGUGGACGAUGA